AUGGGCUAUACGACGCUUUGGAGGCGGCUCUCACCGCGGCAGCUUAAUAUCACUAUCCAGUUUUUCUCUCUCAUCUCCAUCUUCUUCGAAGGCUAUGACCAGGGCGUAAUGGGCGGCGUCAAUGCCUCACCCAAAUACGUGACUGAAGUCGGCAUUGGGAAACCGGACGGCACUGUGACAGACACGACGCACCAGGGUGGAAUCGUUAGCGUCUACUACCUGGGUGCCAUAUUCGGCUGCUUUGCUGGAGGGUGGUUGGCAGACCGAGUGGGACGAAUCAAUGGUCUGCUGAUGGGAGCAUUGUUUGCCUUGGUCGGCGGCGCAUUACAGGCUGCCGCUCAGAAUUCGGACUUCAUGAUCUGUGCUCGAGUAAUAACGGGUAUUGGUACUGGAGCCUUGACCGGCAUCACCCCUGUUUUAGUGUCGGAAACCUCUUCUGCAAAUCACCGUGGCGGAUUUCUGGGAUAUGUGUUUAUUGCAAACUAUCUCGGGAUAUCAAUCGCUUAUUGGAUCUCAUUCGGUCUUGCCUUCAUCGAUAACGGAUACUCGGAUGUACGAUGGCGGUUCUUACUUGCCUUCCAAUGUUUCCCAGCCUUGAUUCUCGUCUGCUGUAUCAAGAUGCUGCCGGAUAGUCCCAGGUAUCUCGCUUCAGUUGGUCGGAAUGAAGAGGCACGUGACCUGUUGGAGCGCCUUCGUAAGGAUAGGGCCAGCCCAGACGAAAUUGAUCGGGAGUACUUGGAGAUUGUUACCCUUUCGGAGGGAAGCCAGACCAGCUCUCCAAUCCAAUUUGCAAAAAUCUUACUCGGGAAAGGUGGAAAGCGGCAUCCGAAUUUAGGCAGACGAGCUUGGCUGUGUGUCUGGCUUCAGAUCAUGGCCUCCUGGACAGGAAUUACAGCUGUCACUGCGUAUUCUCCAGUUCUCUUGCACCAGGCUGGAUACAACACCAUCAAGCAAAACGGUCUAGCCGGGGGACUCAACACGGUUGGCAUCAUCGGUACCAUAAUAAGCGCUCAGAUUGUUGAUCGCCUAGGUCGCCGUGUCUGUCUAAUGGGUGGAUCGGCGAUGCUAUUUGCUGUCAAUCUAAUUGCUGGAGCUAUCUACGAGGCCUCUUUGCAUAAUCCUAAUAAGGCUACGCAGUAUGCGCCCGGGGCCAUUAUCAUGUUGUUCUUGUUUAACAUUGCUUACGCUGCAACGUGGGGUACCGUCGCAUUCUUGAUUCCCACUGAGAUAUUCCCUAGCGACUUGCGAGCUCAGGGUAAUGGAUUUGGUAUCACUGGGUGGGCUAUCGGCGUGGGCAUGACUACGCUGGUCAAUCCUAUUAUGUUCGCAACCAUGGCGAGCCGCACCUACUUCCUCUUCGCCGCUCUCAACUUGAUUUGGAUUCCGAUCAUUUACUUAUUCUACCCCGAAACCCGCAACCGCUCCUUGGAAUCCAUCGAAGCACUAUUUUCCAUACCGAGCCCCUUCUUCUGGAAGAUGGAGAUGGCGUAUAAACUGCAUGGUGAUGUCUUGGUGGCACACAACGUUAACAAGAGUGAUGGGCUUGAUGCAGGCCAGAACGAGUCGAUAUCGUACGAGAAACCAGAGGUGCAGAUAAUCGCCUAA